CAAUUGUAUCUAGUAACCAAGGCUUAAACCCUAAUUCUACAACUUGGCAGUCAUGGUCAUCUCUCGUAUACCUCACGUGCCUGUCUAAUGCCAGGUCAAGGUGUGGGAACGAAGAAAGAGCACAACAGCCGAUCCUUUGGCCACUCUUUGGCCAGCCAGUUAUUCUAUAAAGGUUUUGGCCCAUCACCCUCAUUCCUUCUCCAAGCAAGCACUCAAAAACACUCUGGAGGCAUUUUAUGUCCAGUAUUACCAAAAGCCACACCAAUCCAUUGAUCCUUCCAAGUUGGAGGAGUAACAGAGAGAUUGCCACACUUAGUUUGAGUAUUGAUUGAUUGUAUUAUUUGCAAACCAACAAACAAUGCCACCCACCGAAACUCCGAUUCCUCGCAAGGCCCCGGCCCGUACAAGCAGUCGUAAAAGGGCUCGACGAGCUCCUUCUAAUCCAGCACAACGACAAGCCCAGAUCAACGCUUACUAUGACUUGAAGAAGUCUCCUGCAUUCAAGCAGGCUCGAGCCACGCGUAUGCGACGAUUGGGUGCGGCCAAGUGGGCAGCAGCGCAGGCUCAAAUUCCAGUUCAGUGGAGAGCACUCAUGGUCAUUUUCCGAGUCAUGAUCAUGUCGUUGGUCCUCUUUGUCAUGUUCCGCAUCAUGCUCAAGGAAAAACAACUGCUCGCCAUCAAGAGCUUUCUCACGCGACAACAGCAUUCUCUGGCGACCACCAAAAUGUCAUGGAAAUCAUUCCAGCAUGCCUACGAAACCAGAUUCCGAAGACCCACUCCCUCUUCUCUACAGCCAUGGCUCAACUUUGCACAAGAAAAUGCCUGCGAACCCUUCAAAAUGUACACCGCCAUUGAACGAGAUCUCCUGCCCUUUCGAAAAAUCAUGAAUGGAGGUUUGGAAGUGCAUCAUCCUCCACAUGCUCCUCCUGAAUUGCUGCACUGGGACAAACUACAAGAUAUCGCCACCAAUUAUACCAAAGGAGCCUUUCUACUGGUGCAAAUCAGAGAUCACACUCUCACCAUUCUGGACUCACAAUUGACUGAAUGGUUCCAACAGCAUCCCACAGUUCACAGCGAAAAGUCACUGAGAGGCUGGUGGGAACGACAAAAACUGGAAUGGAAUCUACAAUGGCUCAUGGAUCCAGUCAUUCAACACAAACCUCCCAUUCACACCAGAUUCGUCAUUAAUCUGCACCAUCGACCCAGGUCUCCUCCCGAUGCCGUCGUGCCCAUCUUUUCUUCACAUUCCGAAUCCUAUCACACUGAUGCCGAUCCCACGCAUCCCGGAGACCUCAGUCUCGAAAUAUCCAACAAAAACAGAAAUGGAGUCAUUGACACACGGGAUCCCACCACGCGGGAUCUUCUCAUUCCUCAUCUCUAUGUGGCCGGUGGACGAGUUGGUGCAGCAGGAAUGACAUCUAGUCCAGCAGUAGGGGGAUUCUGGUUCUGGCCCUUUUUUCGAGACGGGAAACCGUGGGAGGAACGAAAAAAUGUCAUUGCCUGGAGGGGAUCCACACUGGGAAACUACGAUUCCACCGUAGAAUGGGGUAAUCACUCACAAGCCCAUGAUUUCUUUAGUGGACCGAGAUUCAGUGUCAUGCAACAAUGGGGUGGCACCGAUAUACACCCCAUUCAGGCAGAAAGCAACGUGCAAGUGGAUUUUGCAUUCACGAAGCUAUUGUUGCAAGGAGAGGAACACAUGCACAAGACACAAGAACAAACCAUCAAAGACGCGGUACAGAAGGAAUUCAGAUUCGCUCAUCGACUCAGCUUCAGACAGCUGCAAAAAUACAAAUACCUUUUGGAUGUCGAUGGAAAUGCAUUCUCCGUUCGAUUCUCGUCACUGCUGCGAACUGGAUCACUCAUCUUCAAAUCAACACGAUACCGAGAAUGGUUCAGUGAACGCAUACGCAACUGGAAGGACUACAUUCCCGUAAACUAUGAUACCAGUGACCUGGCACAUAAAGUUGAAUGGGCCAACCAACAGUCUCCAGAGGUCAUCGCAAACAUUAUCCGACACGGAAAAGAAACCGUAGAACGGCACAUUCGACCCGAAGACAUGCAGUGCUAUACCUAUCGAAUGGUGCUGGAGUACACGACACUCUUUGACGAAAAGUCCUUUCCAAAAGAAAUACCCAGCAGCGCCGCCACAACAUCAUCGCCAACGGGAAAGAAGAAUCUGCGCCUGGGAAAUUAGUCGCUUUUGUACGUUGUAUGGUAGAGUUGGAGCCAUGCGACGCGAGGACCAGCCCACUCUAGAAAUGCCGGGAAAUCAACGAGUGCGAAGGCAAAAGCAAAGGAUUACAAUCUGCAGUGCCCUUUUGGUGGGAUGUGCAAACAAACUCUCAUUCUACAAUGAAGAAUCAAGACAGCGAUUCCGUGGAUGCCGUCCUUCCGAAACGGCGAGACCCAAAGAGAGGGCGUUGCAUUUUAUGCCGCUGCCAGUUGCAGCCGACAAACGUAUCAGUACCGGUAGGAACCAUAGCUGACUACUCUAGGCAAUGAGGAAG